AUUUGUCAUUUAAGUCCCAACACAUCAUCAGAUCAAUUAUAUAUUUAAAAAAGAUAUAUAUAUUUUUAAAUAUUUAUUUUAAUUUUAAUAUUUUAUAUAUAUAUAAAAAAAUGGAUUACGAUAUGAAUGGAAAGGUAGCUCUGGUCACAGGCUCAAACUCGGGUAUCGGUGAAGCAAUAGCCGUAAAUUUUGCCAAAUUAGGAGCCAAUGUAGUCAUUACCGGUAGAGAUGCCAAACGUAUCGACACCGUAGCCAAUAAGUGUCGGUCGUUGUUGUUGUCCACCAAUCAAAAAGUCCUGACCGUCAGGUCGGACCUGUUGGUGGAAACGGAUGUCCGUGAACUGGUAGACAAAACAGUCGGCGAAUUCGGUAAAAUUGAUAUACUGGUCAACUGUGCACAGAUUAGUGCCGAUUAUGGACUAAUGGAUACGGAAUAUCUGGACUCGUAUGAUCUGGUUAUGAAAACCAAUGUACGCAGCGUACAGGUGCUCACACAACUGGUCUAUCCAUAUCUAGUGGAAACUAAAGGCAAUAUAGUUAACGUAUCCAGUGUUUCGUCAUUUAUUCCGUCACCAAAACAGUUGGCUUAUUGUCUAUCAAAAGCAGCACUGGAUAUGUUUACCAAAUGUCUGGCCCUUGAAUUGGGACCCAAAGGUGUUCGCGUUAAUAGUGUUAAUCCUCCGGCCGGCCGCAAGCCUAACAUUCCCGAUGACGUGGCCGGUGUGGUAGCAUUCCUGGCCUCCGAUAAGGCUUCGUUCAUCACUGGAGUUAUAUUGCCGGUCGACGGCGGCAAUCAAUUAGGUACCGGAGCUGAUGAUAAUUAG